CGAACAAUCUCCUAGCUUGAUUGACUGAAACAUUUUACGGACAUCAUGGAUAGAUGGCAGCACUUGUAUUAUUUGAAUUUGAACUUUGUGGAUAUUUCAGAUUAUUUGUAUGAUUCUGAAAUGGAAAAAAUACGACUUUAUGAAAAUAAGAAGAGAUGGAACAUGUUACGUAGUUUAAAAAUCAGUUUGAAAUGUUCGGAACACGAUCAUCCCACUAUGACUCUCCUAGCGUACAGAUUCUACCUCUUAUCCGGCAUUGACUGAAAACGCAUAGCAAGACGCCCUACUCCAUCAUUAGAAGCAAUAAAGGAAAGACAUGAAUGAUAUACAUGUUGAAAUCUUGCCAGCUCGCAACCAGAGGUCUCCCAACCUAUUUCUAACAUGUCAACAUAGUAAAGAACGUUCCAUAUGCCAUACAAACAUAUUCAAAGUAAAGAUGUCAAUAUAUUUAUUUGUCAUUCUAUUUGUAAACAAAUUGUUUAGGCAAAAGCAAUGAGUUAUGAAAAAUGAUGAGGAAGAUGAAAGACAAAUUCCAAAAUCGAACUCUAGCACCUCAUCUGAAGUGCUAGAGAUUGAGAACACAGAUCAUGCAGUAGAUUCAGUAGAACCCAAUUUAUUGAUAUCUAGCGCUUCUAAUUCGAAAAUAUCUGAUCUGACCGUGAAUGAAAAUGAUAUUGUGACUACUGGCCCACCUGCAAAUACGAGUGAAUCCGUUUUAGAAGAAAUUAUUCAAAGUAUUGAAAGACCAACCACUUCUAGUGAAUUACUUAGUCAGCAUUCUUUUCAUGAACGACGCAGUUUGGUAUUAGAGCUACGUAGAAACCUAGGAUCGGGUGGUCUUGUAAAUUCGAAUACCGCAAUGCAUCAUGAAAACCACAUUAGAAAAGGCAGUCAUUCCACAAAGACCUCUAGCAAAAUACUGCCGUCGUAUUCUUCAGUUUUAAAACUAGGACCUCCCAUAAGUGAAUUUGAAUCGUACCCUUCAUUACCGUAUAUUUCUCGUCAACCACCACCAUCAUAUGCAGAAGUGUCUGGAUGGGAGGAAAACCCUAGCAUUGCAUCUGCCGAGUCCUUCACUCUAGGCCCUAAUCCAAUCUACAUUUCGUGUCCCAGAUGUCGUACCAUUGUGAUAACGAAUGUCCAAACCGAAAGAUCCAAUUUGGCUUAUAUUUUAUCUGUGGUGAUGUGUAUUUGUCUUUGUUGGCCUUGUUGUUUAGCGCCUUUUUGUUUCAAAUCUUGCAAAAAUUCUUAUCACUUUUGUCCUUCCUGUAACUAUUUUUUGGGCGCCUAUAAACCAUGCUAAUUAAAAAAUUAGGAUUUUCGACUUAUCACUUGAAAAAAAUACCUGGGGAGAAACAGGGGAGCAAAGUUCUCAGGAGGACGAGUGUUCCGUCUUUCUCAAUGAUUUGCAAUAUGUAACAAAGACGGAACACUCGUUUUCCUGGGAACGCUGCUCCAAGAACAAGGACCCAGAAAUAAAAGAUCUAACAGGAAAACCAUAACUACAUCAUGUUUCAUCUAAAAUGAAAAUUCACACACGCACAUAAAAAUUGGAUCACACGUGAAAAUUAAACGACGACUAUUCCUAACGAAUUUAAUUAUUUGAAGUGAGAAAAGCUAUCUAUUAUCAGCAGACAUAAUGGCUUGUCGCGAAAGUUCCAAAAUAAAUCUGCCACUUGGCAAUGAAUAGUGGAGCUAAAUUUGAAUAUGACUUUAUGCAACCCAGAAAGUGAGUUCGCGUGAGCCCAAAUCAUUAAUCCAAAAUUUGGCGAGAUUUGUCC